AUGUACUCCCUGUCCUUCCUCACCGGGCUCGGAGGGAACAUCAUGGCUCUCCUGGUCCUCACCCGAAAGAGGACGGGUCUGGCGGGGGUGUCGGCGACCCGCAGACUGCUGGUCAAUCUGGCGGUGUGUGACAUGAUGGUGGUGUGCGUGUGCAUGCCAGUUAACCUGGGACACCAGGUCUACAACGCCUGGGUGUUUGGGGAGUUUCUGUGCCGCACCGUGCCGUUCGUUCAGGCUGUGUCGGUGUCUGCGAGCGUCCUGAGCCUGGCCGUGAUCAGUCUGAACCGCUACUACAGCGUGCACAACCCUCUACACGCACGGACCUUUUUUACUGGGCGGCGGAUACUGUGUAUGAUCUGUGUGGUGUGGAUCGUGUCGUCGGGGCUGUGCAUACCGCUCCUCUUCAUGAAUACCACCCAAACUCUGUCGCUGCUGGACAUCACCCUCACUGUGUGCGUGGAGAGCUGGAACGAAGUCAAACUGAAACAGAGAUAUAGCUUUCUGCUCUUCUGCUCUCUCUAUGGAUUCCCCGUGUUGUUUAACCUGGUCAUCAGCGUGCUGACUGGCUGGAAGCUGUGGGGCACCGACGAAAAACGGACGCAAGAUUCGAAUACAUUUGGCGUUACGCUUUCACUGUCCCGUCUGAAAGUGCGUAAAAGGAUCGCCAAGAUGGUGCUGUCGCUGGUUAUGCUUUUCACCCUGUCUUGGCUACCUCUGUAUGUAGUGGACAUAUGGUUAGACUUUAACAUGACUUCAUCUUUAGAGGAAGAGGAGGAUGAUGUGAACCAUGUAUACCACGAGUGGAUUCUACAGGGGAGACCCUUCGCGCUAUGGCUGGGUCUAACCAACUCCGCUCUCAACCCGCUCUGUUAUUGCUUCGUGGGUAACUUACACAGGUCUGCAAAACGAUUCAGGAAAAGCUACAGACAGAAACUGUCGUCAUUGUUAAGUCUGUCGCCACAGCAGUCCUCUAUGCCUAUGGGCAGCACCUCAGUGCCCAAGCUCGUGCCCUAUAGCAGGGCGCAAUCAGAGAAGCGCGGCGCAGAUAGGCGCGCAUCGAGCAGAUAUGCCAAUCCAGGCAACAAACUAACCAAAAGCAAGAGCCUGUCGUCUGUGACAGUGUGUGAAACUGUUUUUGACUGA